AUGCUUUCCCGAUUUCUGCAAUCAAGCUGGAAGAAUCAACACUUCGCCCUGCUUCCGAAUAAUGAUGAUGUGGAAGAGUUCAACGGCAAAGAUGAAGUGGAAUCCUUGAACCCGGCGCCAAAUUCACUCCUCCGCCGCAUAGAUCAGAGGACAUGGCAGCUUGUCAGGACUCGAUAUCUGCCUCACAUUCUAGGCGCUCAGCCUUACUCUGAGCGACCCGAAUUCGGUGACUGUGGCGAGCAGGGUUCUUUGGAGAGGCCCAGGCGGCAGGUUGCGUAUUUGAUCCUGUCGCUUCUAUCUAGGAAGCCCAAAUGCUAUGACGCGGAGCUCGCUGCUGAGUUCGUGGGGAAGAUCAACCACAAGUUCUACAGGAACGAGACGCAGACCGCGGAGAAUGAGGUGCCUUUGGAGGAAAGGCAUGCGGGCGACAGGCCGUACAUUCUGCGUGAUGAAAGUACCACCAUAUGCAUUGCUAUUACGUUGGGAGAAGCUGCACCGAGCGUAUCUGAAUAA